AAUUUCCUAGAAAGGAUCAUUUGCUCUAUUCCUCGACGCAAUUCUCUGGAAGUCUAUCAAUUUAAUUUCUUCCAUGAUUUAUGAACAUGUGGGAAACUGUCACUAUCUUCAAUGCGCAGAAGAGUACGAAUAAAUCGCAGAGAUAUUUGACACAUAUUUGCUAAAACGGUUCUAACACAAGAACAUGGAACUUCUGGCUCUGGGUGGUAAAGUAAAAAAUUACAUUUCAAAAUUGGAUGAACUUAACAACUGAGAAGCAGAGAUUAAUUGGUAGAUGUUGACAGUGAUACGGAGCCUUGAAGAGCUUCGGAACAACAAACAGGAAGCAUGAGCCGGCAUUGGCUACCCAAGUUUCCUAUUUAUGUGCAGGAUGCAGGAAAGCAAUGAGGAGGAGGAAUUCUCAUUGGCCAUUGGCUUUAAAAGAUCAUAAGGCCACUGAAUUUCCAAGAAAGAUAAAUCUAUAAAUAUUAAGCAAGUGUCACUAUUGUGGUUUUGGAUAAAGGGUUCAAUUGUGUGGGCUUAGUUUGACACGCAUGGUCGGUGAUAGUGAUACUUAUUGUACCAUGUUAUGGAAUCGCAUGCCUGUUGGGCUUAUGCAUGGGAAGUUUCACUGAGGCUCUGGUUCUGCCUGCAAGCCUAGUCUCCAUAAAGCUAAAGAGGUUUCCAGUGAAAAAGCAGGGAGAAGUUAAACAAGGUAGUGAGUGGUGACAGGUGAAAUUAUGGAGUCAAGUGGGCAUAAAGAGACUCAGUUUCUCUUGGGCAGCUUCAGAGGAGAAGUUGAUAUUGAUUUGACAAGUAACUCCACCUUCCUUGGUUCGUUAAGGAGCAAAAUCAAGAAUUCAUUGAAUGAGCUGAAAGAUUUUGCUGAGAAAGCAUGGGAAAUGGGUCGGUCUGAUCCCCGGAAAAUCAUAUUCGCAAUCAAAAUGGGACUGGCACUGGCGACUGUAUCGCUGCUUAUAUUCUGGAAAGACCUUUAUGAUAUUUCUCAGUACUCCAUCUGGGCAAUUCUAACUGUCAUUGUUAUGUUCGAAUACAGCAUAGGAGCCACCUUCAUAAAAGGAUUUAAUAGGCUAUUGGGCACAUUGUGCGCUGGAAUGCUUGCCUUUUGCUUUGCUGAGCUAUCUUUGUUGGUUGGUAGAUGGGAGGAAGUUGUAAUUGUUAUCAGCAUUUUUAUUAUAGGAUUUUUCGCAUCCUAUCUGAAACUGUAUCCGACAAUGAAGCCUUACGAAUAUGGAUUUCGAGUGUUCAUAUUGACAUACUGUAUCCUUAUGGUAGCUGGGAACAGGACUAGGGAAUAUGCUGAAGCAAUUGUGACUAGAUUGGUGCUAAUUGCACUUGGUGCUAGUGUUUGUUUAGUUGUAAAUGUGUGCAUAUACCCCAUUUGGGCUGGUGAUGCUUUGCACAGUUUGGUGGUGAAAAAUUUCAAGGAUGUGGCUAAUUCAUUAGAAGGUUGUGUUAAUGGGUACUUGAAAUGUGUAGAAUAUGAGAGGAUUCCCUCUAGAAUCCUCACGUUCCAAGCUUAUGAUGAUCCACUUUACAACGGCUAUAAAUCAGUCAUGGAAUCUGCAGGCAAAGAAGAUACUCUGUUAGGAUUUGCUAUCUGGGAACCGCCUCAUGGUCGUUUCAAAACGUUUAAGUAUACCUGGAAAAAUUAUGCAGAAGUAUGCGGUGCCCUGAGGCAUUGUGCAUUCAUGGUCAUGGCACUUCAUGGAUGUAUUCUCUCAGAAAUACAGGCCCCGGCAGAAAGGAGGCAAGUCUUUCAGACUGAGCUCCAGAGAGUUGGAGCAGAAGCUGCCAAGGUUUUGCGCGAGCUUGGAAGCAAAGUAGACAAAAUGGAAAAAUUAGGCCCUGUAGACAUUCUAAAAGAGGUUCAUGAAGCAGCCGAACAAUUACAAAGAAAGAUAGACGAAAAAUCAUACCUUCUAAUCAAAUCUGAUAAUUGGGAAAUCACAAGACAGCCUAUUGAGAAUCUUCUGGAUGGAAAGGAGAAUGAGCACGUGCAAUUGGGAUUGAAGUCCUUAAGCGAAACUGUGCUCGACUUAAGGUCACUUGAUGUUUGGGCACCGUCCUCACCUAAAAGAGACUCCACAGGAAGCUUGUUCAGGAAACAAGAGCCAUGGCCUUCACGUCUUUCUUUUGAUGCUGGUGCUGGCAAUAGAGAAGAGUGCAGAACAUAUGAGAGUGCGAGUGCCUUAUCCUUGGCAACAUUUGCUUCCCUCUUAAUUGAAUGUGUUGCAAGGCUUCAAAGCCUUGUUGAGGCAUUCGAAGAACUGAGUGAGAAAUCAGAGUUUGUGGAGCCUAUGGUUACAGAUUUUGAAAUUGCCAAAAGUAAGGCUACAUGUUGUGAGAGUCUGUUUAGAUGCUUCAGAUUCUCAAAAUGAGUGUCGUAAUUGCUUACUUUGCUUAAAGUGAACGGUUAAAUACAGCUUUCUUUUGAAGGUUAUUAAUCUUGAAAUCGAGUUUCAGCUUGGGUUGAUAAGCCUAUUAGUGAAAGCUGCUGCCAUUGCACGAGGAUAUGGGGAUAAUAACGUAGUAUAUUGGUGAUUCUAGGUAGUAUAGCCUAGUUGUAAUAUGGCAAAUUAAUUUACAGUAACAUAUUAACAAGUGUCCAAUAAAAUAGUUUUUCUUAUGUUUUAAAA